AUGCCCAGCCCCUCCAUCAAUUCGUCGUCCUGUGCGUCCAUAACCACCACCACCACCACCACCACCACCACCACCACCACCACCACCACCACCACCACCACCACCACCACCACCACCACCACAACCAUCUCCGCAACUGACAGCGAUACCACCGACUUCUCAUACUCAUACUGUCCGCACAUCGGCCUGCUCGGUCACUUGCGAAUCCAACGCACAGAGAUUGGCAAACAAGUGACUGAAGCACCAACCUGCACCCAUGCACCGCGUUGGCCUAUUCAACUACAUGCAAAUUCACGAAAACCUGCGGCGUUCAACCGCCGCCUGUGCUACACCGCGACUUUCAUCCUCACCAGCAUCUCAUCAGACAUCAACAACACCCAUCGAAUACAUACAACUCCUACCUCUCAUGCAGGUGGGAAGUGUGCGUUUCGACUUGGUCUACGAAGGGCUCCUGUUGCAUGGGUGACUAUAGCUUGAGAUUAGCCCGACGCGUCAAGCGCCGCGCAUCGGAAGGCUGCUGACGGACGCCUCAAAUCAGACCAGGCAGUCCGUCCAGUUUUGUUUGUGUGUUGGCGUGCACCACCAGCAGCAGCACCAUCAGAGAAGAGCGGUUUUGGUAGAAGUGCAUCUUCCAUUGGCCACUCUGACUUAGCCGUAAUUCCCUCAACAUGGCGUGAGUGCAGGAAUCCUUGAUCUUGGUGAUCGUUAAGGAGGAUGCGGACGAUGAAUCUUCCGGCGAUUUUGAAUAGCUAGAUGCCCUGUGCUAGGAACAGAGUUGCCGAAGCCCCUUGCGGUUGUACAGAUGGACGAAAUUUGCAAAUCUGACCAAACAAGUUGCUAAUUAUAAACACAGUAUGAGCGGAAAAACUGCCCGCAGCCUUAUCGAAUGUCCACAACUGCAAUUGCAAAAUAAAACUCAUAUCGAGGUAUAUAGGCGUUUUGACGGAGUAGAUUAGGCGAUUUGAGUGAAUAUAUUCGUAGAAUUACUAUAAACUCUUGCGAUUCGUCGACAGAUCAACAGUCUGAUGUUCUAUUAGUGCCGCAUGAAUAGUAUGUUCACGAUUUCUCCUGGAGAAAACGACGUUUCAGUUCUACUGGAUGAUAUACUUUGGGCGCACCCAUCGAUUCAACUUUGGCUAAAAAGAGAACAGUCAGGUUGGCUCCCCUUGGUUGCAUGUGCUUUUAACUAUAAGGCCAGACGGCAAUAUUCAACGCAGCGCAAAUCGUGAGAAGAUGCAGCCCGUCCAGUGCGUAAGUUCUGAGUUAUUUCGCACUGAAAAACAGGAGGCAUCAAUUCGUGAUUUCGCACAAAUAGCAGAGAGGAUCUGUUUGGUUGAUUGCGUUGAGGUAAGCCUUAGCAUUUUCGAAAUUAUCUUGCACCAGACCGCGUACUCCGAUCACUGCUAAGUUAAUGGCUGAAAGAUGAUCAAUGCUCGCGAAACUGACGACGGAGAAGCAAAAGAUUUUCGUCGUAGGCCCAUUUUAAGUAAACGCGUCAAGAGAACUUCUAAGAAGGCGCCUAACUUAGAGCAGCUGACGCCUGUGUCCUCUUCUCCAAAAGUCUCAUCCUAAACGGAUAGCGCAAAGGCAAACGGCUUCCCCUGGCCACAUUUAUGUGUAUUUACUCCUUAACCUUCCUCAAUGGCAGUGUGUUAUUACCGACAGAGACAAGGUAGACUGGAAUGGCUAUUGCUGGCUUACUAGUGGUCGUCAGCCAGCCAUACCGAGCCACAAAGUGUGGAACACCUGAGGCUGGAACUUACGCCCAGUUAGUUAGAAGUCCACGCCUCUAACCACUGGGCCACUAGCCCGUUGCCCUGUCGAUUUCGAUCGGCAAUAUACAAUGGUAGGGGGUCGCUGACUGAUAGUUCAUACGGAACUCAUUCGUUCCAUUGUGCCUUACGGGCUCUCUCUCUCGAGCCCAACCAGCAGCCGCACAGACGUCUGAAUGCAGAUGAUGUGUGAUUAGUUUGUACAAGUGCUCGACUACCUGCACUGUUGCUGAUCAACUGCACAUGCUGUUUUGCACUGCCACAACGGCCGGAGGCAAUGGACGCAUCCGCCAACGAACCCCUGAGUGCUGACUCCACAAAACCUCAUAAUUUAUACAUUAAAAAACAUGAGAGCGCCUUAGAGGAAAGAAACUAACCACAGGAGUCCUGGCAAAAUCUUGAAAAACAGACGAAUCCACAAUUCCGCAAAUAUGCCCAUGUUACACUUAAAAAAUCAAGUUGGCGAACACGUGUUUUCGGUAAUUUUUCGUCAGGCCAAUACAAUUACAUGAAGGAAUGAAUAUGUACAAUGUUAACAGUGUUUAUAGAUGUCUCAAGCGCUAGGUCGGCGGGUGUUAAUCAUCAGAGCUAGAGGAGGGCGGUAAGCGAGUCUUUGACUGAUGUUCUUGGAUUGAGUACUCGGAGUAACAAUCAUCGUAAUUAGGGAUUUGAGGCGGCAUGGAUUCAUCACUUGGGGUUGGCGUUGGCCACGGCAGAGAAAGCGCUUGUGUCAGAGUUUUCUGACAGCAUAACAACGGAUUCCCUAAACGUAUAGCUACUGCCUCAGCUGUAGCUAGCACCUGUUGGCGUCGGCCUUUAGAGAAGAAUGUUGUUGUCCGGUAGUCAAGCUGAAAAACUUUCUUGGCAUCGACUCGGUGAUUCGUAUCGAUUAAAUGUGCGAUAGAAGAACUCGAAAUCGACCGGAUCUCACCUCUGUCUAGCCAGGCGGAAAAAUUCUCACGCACCCUCUUUACCAGUCCUCUCGUUGUGCGGCCGAUGUAUCCUGCCCCACAGCAGCAAGUGAAUGAAUAGAUGCACAUUGAUGUGGCCUCCCACGGUAGUCUGUCUUUAUCUCCCAAACGUAGGAGGGGAGAGUUUGUGAAACAUACGCGUAAAUUCGCCGCAGGGAAUGCCCUCGUGAUAGCUGUCGUUAAGCGCCGUCGGACUAGUUCGCUCUCUGCGUCUACUGCAAAAGGCAAUCUUAUGAAUACAUCUUUCUUUUCCGCAGUCCCAACAGUGGGCUUUUCGACAUGUUCCUCAAUAUUUCGGAGGAUAAAUCAAUCUGGGUUGUUCCGCAGCUGUUUAAGUUCUUCUUCAAUAGCUUCAGGUGAGCAGAUGCGUCUCACUCUAGCCGCCAAUCCCUGGACUAAAUUCCGUUUGAUGUUUAGGGGAACACGAUUGGGGAAAUUAACGUAUUGUCCCGUCCGGGUUUUCUUUCGGAACAGCCUGCGUUGGAUAGACCCGUCCUCUUGCCUGUGCAGAAGGACAUCUAGAAAGGCAAGUUCGUUAUCUGCCUCGGUCUCUGCAGUGAACUUUAGCGAGGGUUGCGCACUUUUGAACUUUCAGACAAGCUCCUCGUUAUCGGUGGCACCAUCCGCCAGGCAGAAGAUAUCGUCCACGUACCCACCGUAGAAGUCGAGGUCAUUAAUGGUCUCCUGCAGGCUUAUUUUCUCGACUGUGCCCAUAAAACAUUUGCAAGGAACGGUCCAAGCGGUGAUCCCAUUGCCGCACCAUCUACCUGCCCGUGUAGUUGA